AUGGCAUCAAUGUUGAGUAGUUUGGGGUUUAAGACGGGGAUAAGGGCAAUCUACAAUGUUCUGGAUAAUCCAUCGUUUGUUUCUGAACCAUGGGCGGUCUAUCCUGCCAAGCACAAGAGUACCGGUCGAAUAGUUUCGGUGUUUAUUUUUGACAAAACAAAGUUUGAACUGCAAGUUCAAAGAUUAUGCUCUACAUCAUCAAAUGCAUCCAGUCCUAAAAGGAUCACCAAAGAAUGUUAUGAGCUAAUCAAACACGAGGUGAAUCAGUUGAGUAAACUCAAACACCCACAAAUUUUGACCAUUAUUGAAGUAUUGGAAGAGACAAAGACCAAAUUUUUGUUUGUGAGUGAAUCAGUGAGUGAUAAUCUAUUGACGGUCAAUUCCAAGAAUUUGGAUUCGCUAUCGAUUCAAAAGGGACUAUUGCAAGUUGCCAAAGGCUUGCAGUUUUUGCAUUCUCAUGGAAACAUUAUACAUUUGAACAUACAACCAUCAUCUAUAUUUAUAAAUAAUCAAGGCGACUGGAAAUUGGCUGGUUUUAGAUUUUUGCAAAACUUGAAUGAAUUGUCUCCGCAGGAUCGAGAUAACUUUUAUAUUAUGAACACGUCGACUGUGGUUCCGUUUGCCAACUUGAAUUUGAACUUCACAGCACCGGAAUUGAUUGUUGAUGCGCAAACGAAAUUGGAUUUUGCAAAUGAUAUUUGGUCAUUUGGUAUGUUGAUCUUUUACGUAUACAAUUUCCCCGACUCGCUAAUUAACUCAUUUGAUCCCAGCAGUAUUACCGAUUAUAAACAAGAGUUUCGGAAAUUUGAGCAAAAAUUUUACAAUCACGCCAGCAAGCCCGCCGAGCUCAAAUAUAUCUUGAAAAAUGUGCCUGACAAGUUGUAUCCACUAUUUCCGCAGCUUUUGUCUAGGUACCCUUAUGAUCGACUUACUUUAAACCAAUUUAUAGAUUCUGAUUUUUUUGAUGGAAGUAUCAUCAAGGCCAUGUGGUUUAUUGAUGAGUUUUCGACUAAAUCCAUUCAUGAGAAAUUAAUGUUUUUAAAAGGGUUGCUUGAAUUCGAUAAAGAAACACAAACAGAUUUGUUAACGCAAUUUCCACUGGUAUUCAAGAGCCUGAAGCUAUUGCCUUUACUUAUUGGGGUCAUCAUUAACGAACUAACAGUGCUCGAUGAAUCGGCCACUAUCGAUCCCAAUGUUGACGAGUUGAUUAGCUAUUCAUUGGAAAUUAUUUUAGCUAUAUCUAAAAACAUUUCGGCAUUGACUUUCCAAGAUCGUGUAUUUGGUAUUUUGUUUAAGGAUAAUUCUUCAUUUACGGAAAAAGUUUAUGAUGCCAUAUUCAAGGAUGAAACCAAAAGCACCAAGAAAAAUGCAACAACAAAGAUCUUUACAAAGCUCAUUAAUGCAUCGGUGAAAACCAGACUUACAAUUGUCAACAAUUUGGAUGUGUUGCAAGAAAAGAGCAACGAGAAGCAAUUUGUAGGUUUUAUUAAGCAUAUACUUGAUUUGGUGUUUACGCUUGGUUCGAAUGAACAAGAUCAAAAGCAUGUGCAGAUUACAUUGCAAGAGAAGUUUCUCGACACAUUGCCAAAAUUUGUUACCAUGUUUGAAUUUCCGUAUAUGAAAAACACAAUGUUUCCACUUUUGUGCCGGAUAUUUCUGUCCACCCUGGUUUAUUCAACAAAGCUAAAAAUUAUGGAUACGUUUGAAAAGUUUUGUGAUUUGCGAGUGAUUGAUAAGAUCAUUAUCGAUGAGCAAUUGUUACCAAUAACGCAGAAUAUCAAGGAAAGGGAUCGAGAAAUGAUUAGUAAACUAGUUCCUUUUCUUGCCAAGGUAGUUACCAGCGAGCAUAUAAACAUGGAUAUGAAAACUGCAGUUGAGUCUAUCUUACCGCAGUGUAUGGUAUUUGCAUUUGGAUGUAAUGAUUGUACUCAAAAGGAGUUCAAAGCCUAUAUGAGUACCAUAAAUGGUGUACAAGAAAAACUUGUUGAGAAGAAAUUAUCGCAAUUGCCAGAACAUGAAAAUUUUGCAGCCAGAAGCCAUGGCUCGGGCUCAGCUACAGCCGCAACUACAGCCGCAAACUUUGACACUUUAUUGCAAUCGCAAAGACUUAAGGAGCCAGAGAAGGAGGUGCAAGGUCCUAAAUCGCAAGCGAUGCAGCCUACAAGAAAGCCUGCGUCCAUAAAGUCAAUGGGAUCGAGCCAUAAUAAGAGUACAACCAACAGCAACAGCAACAGCAUAUCAAAUGGAAAUAAUAACUCUGUGAUGAAGCCGAGGAGACCUCUUCAAUCGAGAGUAUCAGCUUCGUCGUCGUCGUCUUCUUCUAUUUAUGCUACUGCUAAUACUACUGCUACUACUGCUACUAAUACUAAUACUACUAAUACUAAUACUAACACCGCCAAUAAGAAUUAUAGUAGUAGUGGUGGUAGUAAUAUUAAUGGUGCUUUAAAUACCAUGAAAUUUGGUGCUAUAGAUGAAAAGUCCAAUAGCAAAAACGAUAGACUAUUAAAUUCACUAAAGAGUACUUAUGAAAGACAGAAAAAUGAAGAUAACGAUGAUGAUUUUGAUGACUUUCAGCUGUCAAGUGGUGCAAAUGUUGGUGGUAGUAUCAAUUGGAGUAGUGAGUCAAACAAGAUGAAGACGUUGCCAGUAACACCACGGUUGAACAAUGAGAGUUUUCGAACUAACAAUAGUGUUCAGACAAAGUUUGCAAUGGAUGUUUCUACUAGUCAGCCAGCUAAAGUCACUUAUCCUCCUGGUUUCAAUACAAAUGUUGUGUUGUCACCCAAUGCAUCUUCAACCAAGUCUCAGCUGACUAGUUUCUUCCAGCAGCAGUUGCCGACAAAAACUAACUAUACUGGAAAUACUGGAAAUACUUCGAGUAUUAAUAGCGAUUUGCUAGACUUGCUCUAA